UCUCCUCCUCCGCCAGUAUACUCGUCUCCUCCGCCUCCCGUGUACUACUCUCCUCCUCCACCUGUCUAUAAAUCACCCCCUCCACCAGCCUACUCGUCUCCUCCACCGCCUGUGUACUACUCUCCUCCUCCACCUGUCUACAAAUCUCCACCACCACCAGUUUACCCGUCUCCUCCACCUCCCGUGUACUACUCUCCUCCUCCACCUGUUUACAAAUCUCCACCACCACCAGUUUACUCGUCUCCUCCACCUCCGGUGUAUUAUUCUCCUCCUCCACCUGUCUAUAAAUCUCCACCACCACCGGUAUACCCGUCUCCUCCACCUCCUGUGUACUACGCUCCUCCACCUAUCUACCCAUCUCCUCCACCUCCCGUGUACUACUCUCCUCCACCACCUGUCUAUAAAUCUCCUCCUCCGCCAGUCUAUUCGUCUCCUCCACCUCCCGUGUACUACUCUCCUCCACCACCUGUCUAUAAAUCUCCUCCUCCACCAGUCUACUCGUCUCCUCCACCUCCUGUGUACUACUCUCCUCCACCUGUCUACCCGUCUCCUCCACCUCCUGUGUACUACUCUCCUCCACCACCUGUCUAUAAAUCUCCACCACCGCCGGUCUACCCAUCUCCUCCACCUCCGGUGUAUUACUCUCCUCCACCACCUGUCUAUAAAUCUCCCCCUCCACCAGUCUACUCGUCUCCUCCACCUCCUGUGUACUACUCUCCUCCACCACCUGUCUAUAAAUCUCCACCACCGCCGGUCUACCCAUCUCCUCCACCUCCGGUGUAUUACUCUCCUCCACCACCUGUCUAUAAAUCUCCCCCUCCACCAGUCUACUCGUCUCCUCCACCUCCUGUGUACUACUCUCCUCCACCACCUGUCUAUAAAUCUCCACCACCGCCAGUCUACUCGUCUCCUCCACCUCCUGUGUACUACUCUCCUCCACCACCUGUCUAUAAAUCUCCACCACCGCCGGUCUACCCAUCUCCUCCACCUCCGGUGUAUUACUCUCCUCCACCACCUGUCUACAAAUCUCCCCCUCCACCAGUCUACUCGUCUCCUCCACCUCCCGUGUACUACUCUCCUCCACCACCUGUCUACAAAUCUCCACCUCCUCCAGUGUACUCGUCUCCUCCACCUCCUGUCUAUUACUCUCCUCCACCACCUGUCUAUAAAUCUCCCCCUCCACCAGUCUACUCGUCUCCUCCACCUCCCGUGUACUACUCUCCUCCUCCACCUGUCUAUAAAUCUCCUCCUCCGCCAGUCUACUCGUCUCCUCCACCUCCUGUGUACUACUCUCCUCCACCACCCGUCUACAAAUAUCUUCCACCACCCGUUUACUCGUCUCCUCCACCUCCUGUCUACAAAUAUCUUCCACCACCCGUUUACUCGUCUCCUCCAUCUCCCGUCUAUAAAUAUCUUCCACCACCCGUCUACAAAUAUCUUCCACCACCCGUCUACUACUCUUCACCACCAACAAAGUACAUUUACAAUUCACCUCCGCCACCUUUGUACUUUUAG